AUGUGCUACCAACUGAGCUGUCCCCCCCUCCACUCCAGCUGUUGUCCAGGCAAAGACCCAGCCUUCACUGGAACUUUUUAUAGCUCUACCAGAUUAGAAGAGGCACACAGGAUGGGUGGGUGGGUUAAAUUGGCAUCGCCCAGGAGGCUAUCCUUUCCCAGGGAUCUCUUCAGUCUGCAGUCCCAAGCAUCUUUUCGCACAGAAAAGCAGAGGAACACAGAUUUGAAGUUGCUUGGUUCUAGUCCUAGCUGCUCCCCCCACUUGAACACACAGGGAUAUUCCUUUCAGCACUCUCUCCGGACACCCAAUUCUGAAUACAUUUAA